GGAGGGGAGACUGUCUGAAAGCAGAGCCCAUCCCAAUGAGACAGCCGGGAAAAGCCGUGAGAUAACGAGACAGCUAGCGAAAGAGGUUAAAGAGACAUCAAGCAAUAUUCUCAGCCAGGGGCUGAGCUCUAGAGAUAUUCUAGGUCGUCAGCUGGCUGCACACAUUCACAGCAACAACCACAGAUACACAGGAAGGAAGAUCCACUGAAUAUAAAGAGACGGGUGACUGAGAGACAGCUUGAGAAAAGAGACAUCCAUGAGGAUGGAGAGAGGUGCCGGUGGGGAAAUGAUGGCGAGACAUGAGAGGUGUGGGGGAGCCUCCUGCUGAGAGAAAGAGAGGAACCUGGAAUCACUACACAGGAAUGCUCUCAGGAGCCAUAAGGGCCCUCUAGAAGAUACCAUGAUGUCUAGUUAAGGUGCCCCCUACACACCCCGUGGUGGGUUGGUGUUGUCUCUCCUCGCCUAAAGAUGUCUCGUGUUACCGCUGGCAAUGAGAGGAUAAAUGACACGUCUGGAUCCACCCGCUCAGAAAAAGCCUCUACACCUUUAUCCUGGCCACCUCGACCUCCAGGAGCCCGGUCCAGAAGCUCCGUUCCUGAGGAGCCACAUGUUGGGAAUUACAGACUCCUAAGAACCAUUGGAAAAGGGAAUUUUGCUAAAGUCAAGCUGGCAAGACAUGUCCUUACUGGGAGAGAGGUUGCUAUAAAGAUCAUUGACAAGACGCAGCUGAAUCCCAGUAGUCUGCAAAAGCUAUUUCGUGAGGUCCGAAUCAUGAAAGGACUUAAUCAUCCUAAUAUUGUGAAGCUGUUUGAAGUCAUAGAAACUGAGAAAACGCUUUAUCUCAUCAUGGAAUACGCCAGUGGAGGUGAGGUAUUUGACUAUUUAGUGUCUCAUGGACGUAUGAAAGAGAAAGAGGCCCGUGCCAAAUUCCGACAGAUUGUCUCUGCAGUCCAUUACUGUCAUCAGAAGAACAUAGUUCAUCGGGAUCUCAAGGCUGAGAAUCUCCUUCUUGAUUCAGAGUCUAAUAUAAAAAUUGCAGACUUUGGAUUCAGUAAUGAGUUUACUCCAGGUGGGAAAUUGGACACUUUCUGCGGUAGCCCCCCUUACGCUGCCCCUGAACUCUUUCAGGGAAAAAGGUACAAUGGACCUGAGGUGGAUGUCUGGAGCCUGGGAGUUAUCUUAUACACAUUGGUCAGUGGAUCCCUGCCAUUUGAUGGGCAGAAUCUUAAGGAACUGAGAGAGCGAGUUCUGCGUGGGAAAUACAGAAUUCCAUUCUAUAUGAGCACAGACUGUGAGGGUGUUCUACGAAGAUUCCUAGUGUUAAAUCCAAGCAAGAGGUGCACUUUGGACCAAAUAAUGAAUGACAAGUGGAUGAAUAUUGGAUUUGAUAGUGAUGAUCUAAAGCCAUAUAAAGAACCAGAGGAGGACAAUGCAGAUCCCAAACGCAUUGAGAUUAUGUUGGAAAUGGGUUACUCACGUGAGGAGAUUAAAGAUGCUCUGAGCUCAAACAAGUACAAUGAAGUGAUGGCAACAUACCUGCUGCUUGGAAGAAAGCCUGAGAGUGAAGGAGGAGAGUCUCGUUCAGACAGCACUCUUUCACUUUCUAGGUCCCGUGUUGCCUCAGAUGUUACCAACGGUGCCACCAAGUCAUCAUCAGUACACAGCAAAAACCAGAGAGGCUAUCAAAGGCAGAGAAGACACAGUGACUUCUGUGGUCCUGCCCCAGCUCCUUCACAGGCCAAGCGCAGCCCUCCUGGUGUAGGCGAUGAUGGUGCUGUUGGAGAACGUCUUGCCCCCCGGAGGGGCAGUGGAUCAGUGGGUGGGGGCAGCCGGCCUCCCCCUCCCUCAAGUCCCAUGGUCAGCCAUGCCCACAACCCUAACAAGGCAGAGAUUCCUGAGCCAAGAAAGGAGGCCCCACCAACAACUAUUAAUACUCCACCAGGGGUGAUGGGUCGCAGAAAUACAUAUGUUUGCACAGAUCGGCACAGCUCUGAAAGACAUUCACUUCUCCAUAAUGACAAAGAGAACAGCUCAACCCCAUCUCGUCCACCUGCACUUUCACCAUCCACACAGAGUAUUGCAGAACGAAGCAGUCUUUCCAGGGGAUCCAAUGUUCGUAGCACUUUCCAUGGGGGCCAUGUGCGAGAUCGGAGAGGCCAAAACCCACCCCCUAGUUCUCCAACCCACCCCCAUGAAGGAUUAAAUCAAAGUCGGACCAGAGCCACAUCAAACCUGUUUAGUAAACUGACCUCCAAACUGACCCGCAGGGUCACAGACGAAUCUGAGAGAGUCUGGAGACCUGAGGUCACAGGUAGCUAUAUACCUUGGAAUAAAACGUCGGCCAACUCCAGCCUGCUCAGACCUCCCAGGGAUGUGAGAAGGUCAAGUCAGCACCCACCCUUGCAGCCAACAGAAACCUCCAUUGCUCCCAACAGCCCUUCCUCAAUAGGAAGGCCAAGCCCCCUACCAGGCAAGCUACGCCCACUUAUCACUGUUGGGACAGUGGGACUUUAAGAAAGGGAGGUCUGCUCUGUGUGGAAAUAUACUGAGAUGUUGUGACUCUUAAUACUGAGACUGUAUCCCUUCUAGGAAUAAUCAUGCAGUCUCGGAUAGCCACAUGCACUCUUUGCCGUUGGGAUGCUGUGCCUUUAAGACGGACACGUACCCCUUUCUCUGGAUUGCCACACCUGCUACCCACUAGGAGAUGCUGUGGCAUUGCUAAGAGUAGCAGGUCCACUUUAGCCUAGAAGACACGCCCCUCUUGGAUGUGCCAUGCCCCAUGUGUAUCUUGGGACAGCAGUAACUAUAACAGGAGUAUCUGUGAAAUCAUAAGGGCAGGGCUCAUGUUGGACACAUUAUUUCUUUUAGAUUUGGCCCUUUCCGCUGUGCCAUGAUGUAUCUGAAGUGACCAGGGGAACAUGCUGGAUCAGUGUUAUGUGUAUUAGCAAUCUCUUUCCCUUAAAGUAAUCAUUCCCCCUUUAAUGGAACUCCCCACGUGUAGGUAAUUUUCCCCUCUUAAUAAGCCUCGUCCUUUAUUAAAUACCUCAAGUCAUGCUCCCCCAGAUUAAAUCCUCUAUUAUUGAUACCUAACUUAUUGAAUUUCCCUUUUAAAAACCAAUUUUUUAACUGUUUUUCUCCCAUAAUGCGUUUGUCUUGGGAAUUUCCCUAUAAGUAUAUUCCCCUUUGAAUGAAGCUUUUCCUUAUCCACAUGUGCUUCUGCAAACCCACUUCCCUUACUGAUUUAUUCUUAAUCAAAAGUCACACUUUGGAUUACCUGUUCUGCUUUGUGAAUGAUCACCUGUUUCCCACGUCACAGGCUAUAAUGCUAACAAGGUUUCUACCCUAUUUCCAGCCUUUAAACAAAUAUUUUAUCCACCAACCUUUAAUUCUUAAUAAUGAAAAGGUAGGACCUUCUUAAGGACUUGCCUUGUGCUGUCCAUUCUCACCCAUUGGUUGCUGAAUUGUGUGGGCGGGAUUGUGUAAAUGUGCGGGUCACGGAAACUACUGUUCUUUUACUGAGUGGGGGAGGGUGUCCCAUCUGAUUACUGCUCUGUGCGCACGCAAACACCACUGCUCCUCACAAAUACUCAUGUACCAGUCAGAAUACCUUACAUACAUACCAUCCUGGGGCAGUAUCCACCUUAUACUGAAUCUAGCAUUACAAAACCAAAAAGAACACUCAAUAAUCACACUUAAACAUAAAUGAAUUCAAUCUUGAGCAUUUGUAUGUGGAGGUCUGCCUACCAAGGCUGUUUGUGUGCCAAAUUAGGUGCUUUUGAGUGAUGAAACUUACAAGAGAUAGGACUUUGAAUAGAGCUGUUCCCAGCUGGAAAGUGAGCAGUCAAAAUGCUCUGUGUGCCAUUUGCCUAAAUUACUGCUAGAGUGAGUAUUCCUGCAGUAGACUGCAUUAACUUCUGUAAUGUUAACAAAGCAUUUACAAUUAAACAGACCAUUAACUCCACAAAACAUUCUUCAUUCUGGACGUUCUACACAAUCCUGUUCCAAAUCUUUACAUGACACUUGUUACACAUACUGGAUCUUGUAAAAAGCUAAGCAACAACCAUUUUCCACUGUUAUCUGCUGAAACCUUGCAAUAUUUGUUUUUUCUUAAGGCCAAUACUUAGAUGCAGUAGAAAAUUAUCCCUACUAAACUGUCUUUAGUUCUGAAAUCUUAAUGCUGACUGUAGUACUGUAUUGUAAUAACUACUGUUCACACAGCAUCUGAUGCAAAUCACUAUACACACUGUCUUGUAUCUACAGCACCAUAUAAACAAUACAGUACAAAUCACUUUGGUUUUUUUACUAAGCAUCCUGUGCUCAUCUUCUCACACAAACAGUCACUGCUUCAAACACACAAGGGCCCUGUAGUAAUCACUGUUGUUUUAUAAAUCAACACCCACCAACACGUAGGUUUUUCAGAACUAUUACCCUGUAGUUAUCAAAUGGCUGAAUGUUUUAUUUACAGAUCUAUGUGGUGGAUUUCCAGUAGCAUAUAUGGUUAUGUACACAUGCAAUACCAUUUAACUACACAUUGUCAUAUACAAAUCUUUGCUUUGCCUACUGUUACUUUUUUUUUUUUUUAACACACAGUGCCCAUACUGUACACACAAACUUGUUACCAUACAUACAAGAAGUGUAGAAGCACAGCAGUGGAACACCCUCUCCCAUAUUAUACCUUAAAUAUAUUUAUUAAACUCACCCAAAUAAAUCUGUACAUGAUGUUG